AUAUUAAACUGAGCCAUGACUUUUUCAAUGCUUGAAACAACUGAUGAAAUAUAAACAGAAUUGUUGAAAUUAUGAAUUUGAAAUAGAAGUAGAAGGUUAUUGGGUUUUGAUAGGAUUUAUUAAAAACUUCAAGUGAAAAGCAUUCAUUAGCAAAAAGAUGUUACCUGACUGUAAAGCUGAACUGUAUAUUGCUCUUGCCGAUGGUCUAGUCUUUCUGUGCAGUUCAUUGGGUUUUUGGUCAAGUAAAAAAAAAUAUUCGCAAUUAAAAGAAACUGAAGACUUCGUCGCUGAUGAAUCUCUGACGAAGAAAUUAUUAGAAACUGAUAAUGCAACGAUCAAACUUGUGUCAGUUUCUGGAACUGUACGCGCCCUUGAACCACCUCUGAAAUCGUUGUACCACCCAGAAAUUCAAGGUGUUAUAAGAAAUUCUCUCAAGAGGGAGCAUAAGACCCAGAAAAUACAAGGAUACUGGAGUGAUAGAACAUCUACUCUUCAAGAUAAAACAGAAUUCUGCAAAUUCGGCUUAUCGAGUGGUACAGAAGCUCAUAUUGUAGUGGAAGAUGCUUUUAGGGUAGACGAUUUAAAAGGCGUUUUAAGGCAAACAUACGAUAAUUUUAUUAGACCUGCUGACACUGGAUUUUUUGAUAAGGUUCUUUCUAGAUUUCACGGAGAAGUUAGCAAAGGCUAUCAGGAGACCGAAUCCAUGCUACCUCUCAAUUCAGCUCUUGUGGUAAUAGGUAAAGCUAGUUUAUCUCCGGAUGGAAAGAAAGCUAUACUUUCGCCGCCGGAUAAUUUUCCUUUUAUUUUUACACAAUCAUCCAAAGAGCAAAUAGUGCAAGAAUAUUCAUUUUGGAAGGGGUUUUGGAAAGCAACGAUGGUAAUAAGUGCAAUAGUAUUAACUGGCGUUGCUAUUUCUGCAGGAAAAAAAUAUUAUAGGUACUGGAAGGAACACAGAGAAGCUGAAGACCUCAGGAAACAAGCAUUUGAAUUAAGAAAGAGAAGACCAGACCAAAGUGUUGCAGCUGACAAUUCAUGCACUGUUUGUUUGAGCAAUCCAAGAGAUUUGAUAAUUUUAGAGUGCGGACAUGUUUGUAUAUGUGUUGAAUGCUAUGAAGCGUUACCUUCGCCAAAACUCUGUCCAGUUUGUAGAAGUUCAAUAGCCAGGGUAGCUCUUGUCUACAAUCCUUAG